GACAGUUGUCCGACCGCAUGACACAUAUAAUAAUAUUGAUUGCUAUCUCACAACCAUAACAUCACUGUCCAAAUUGUAUGACAAUCACUAUUUCAUAUCUACAAACAAUCAAAUGUAUUGGUUAGUUAGCGAGUCGGAUGAGGUGUCUUAUAAAAAUGCUAAACAUUUAAGUGGCAUAACUACUGAAUGGUCCAAAAUCGAUGCAUCCAUUUAUUAUGGAUCGACAGUUAAAUGUAUGCCUGAGUUUACCAAUAAAUUAGUUUUGUUAAAUUUUAACGAAAAAAAUGGCAAAAAUGAAAUACUUUACGGAACUGUUAAACCGUGGAACUGGACUUUGAUGGAGUGGUCACAGUUUGAAGCAUUCAAUGUAACCAAAGAUAUCAUCGAUUGGCAUAAAAGUAUCGAUGCUAUUGCCAUAGCAUAUGAAACAGUUAUCAUAUUUCAAGAUACCAAUUAUGUUACCGUGGAGUGUAGAUUUAAAGAUAAUAAAUGGCAAUAUAUUAUGAAUAAUACGCUAUUGAUAUCAUCGGAGGGACCAUUUAAUGCUGCAUACUUUGAUGACAUAUAUAAACACACACUACCACUGUAUCUGCUAAAAGAUGACAUUUAUUUUAUCUGCUAUUACGAGAUUAACAAUAAUGUCAACAAUUCAAUGUCCAACUGUGAGAAUGUAUCGUUAAAUGAGUAUAGUUUGAAACCCUUAUCUAAAUGCUGGAUACGGAGUGACCCAAACAGUCCACAGUUUACAUCAAUGAUAGCACAUAUGAUAAUCGUUUUGUUGACAUUCUUGGGAAUCGCUAUACUGUCGACACCGCAUCUCAUAAAUAUGAGUAUUGUAUCCAUUGGUGACCAAAAUGCACCAAAAGAUCGCAAUACAAGUGUUCCUAAAGAUAAAUCAAAUGAUAAGAUUGAUGUCGGAAAAGAUGACAAAAUGAAUAAAAAUUAGA